CCAACCAUUCGUUUCAUUCUUUAUUCAAACUUCAAUUCAAACACCUUACAAAAGAAGCCUCUAGAUUCCCCCAAAUCCCCCCUUAAAUCUCCAUCUUCCCCUCAAAAUUUUCUCACCAUAAUUUCUCUCUAAUUCACAAACCUUUAGAUUAUUUGUUUGUUCUAAUGGGUACUUUAGUAGGACAUGUAGCACCAGGAUUUGCGUUCCUGGCUCUUGGCUUCUGGCAUCUUUUGAACCACAUCAAACUCCAUUCUCUUCACCCAAAUUCCUACACUUCAACUCCAUGGUUUCCCUCUUCUAAAAUUAAAUACAUAGAGCUCUAUUUAAUCAUGCUUGGAAGCACCAUUUCCAUGGCUAUGGAGCUCUUCAUUGGCCCCGCAAAACACCAGCCUUUUGACACUGAUGGAACCAUCCCUUCCAACCAUCUCCACAACUUCGAACACGCCACAAUCUCCCUCACUUUCUUCACCUACGCCGCCUUCGCAAUUCUCCUUGAUAGAAUUCACUGCAAAAGAAAUACCCGAGAUGCACUAACACAACUCCUCGGCGCCAUAGCUUUUGCCCAGCAAUUACUCCUGUUUCAUCUUCACUCAGCUGACCACAAGGGGGUCGAGGGACAGUAUCAUUUGCUUCUACAAAUCGUUAUUUUGGUCUCCUUAGCCACAACCCUAAUCGGAAUCGCUCUCCCGGGGAGUUUCUUGGUCAGUUUUGUUAGGUCAGCCAGUAUUUUUUUCCAGGGAGCAUGGCUGAUGUUGAUGGGAUACAUGCUGUGGACUCCUGAAUUUAUCCCAAAAGGGUGUUUUCUUAAUGCCGAGGAAGGUCACCAUGUGGUGAGAUGCCAUGAAGAGGAGGCUUUGCAUAGAGCUAAAUCACUAGUGAACCUUGAAUUCAGCUGGUUUUUAGUGGGAAUCACAAUAUUUUCAGUGGGUCUAUAUUUGAUUUUGGGGAAAAUUAUUGGAGAAAAGAUUGAGUAUGCAACAUUAAGUAGGGAAGAUGAGUAUACUUCUGAUGAUGUUGAGUCACAAGAAGACACAAAAGAUGGUGCCACAAAGAGUAGUUUUAUCGGGAUGGGGAAAGGAGGCUUUGUUGCAUCAAUUGACAUUGAAAGAUAAAGAGGGAGAUCAUUAUUCAAGAUGAUGAAGUAGAUUUCUUGAUUAUGUGUACAAAUUUUAAUUAAUUAGCGAGGGUUGGUGGAGUCCCAUCUGUCAUUUUGGUUAUUUUUAAAGUCCACACUGAGGAAAAGGGUGUUGGCUUAAAGAAAUUGAACCAACUGAUGAUGGCUGGUGGGGAAUUAUAUAUGACCUGGUGUGGAAUUUGUUUGGUGUAUUGUAUUGAUGGGUUUUAGCUUAUUUUCAGUGAGUUCUUUUGUGUGUGUUUGUAAUUGUAUAGUAAAACAGGAACCAGAAGCAACAAAGCUACCUACUUUAUAAUCAA